AUGCGUCUCUCUACCAUUGGUUUCAUCUGUGCCUUCUUGGUACCGGCUCUGACGAUGUCAUCUGCGGACUCGUCUAUCUCCGAUGCCAACAGUGAAAUCGCCAAGCGUGAUGUCUUCGUGAGGCGUUGCUGCAUCCUCUGCGACAACGGCAACCGCUGCGGUGCCCGGGCCAAUGACAACCGCGAAGUUUUCAACACUGAGGAGGAGGCCAUCAGCACGCCCGAGACCUCGAACGAGGUCACUAAGCGUGAUGUCUUCGCUAAGCGCUGCUGCAUCAACUGCGAUAACGGCCGUUGCGGCGCUCGCUCUGUGGAAACCCGUGAGGUCUUCGAUACCGAGGAGGAGGCUAUCACAGCCCGAGAUACCGCGAAUGAGAUCGCCAAGCGCGGUCUCUUUGCUAAACGCUGCUGCACCCUCUGCGAUGGCCCUAACCGUUGCGGUGCUAAUGGCAACGAAAAGCGUGAGGCUUUCUACACCGAAGAAGAGGCUUUGGACACCCCUGAGGACUUUUAA